UAUACAAGCUUACCCUGCAAACCAUGAAUCCACCACUCACUUCUCUUCUCCAACCAUUAAUUCACUCUCUGCCUAUAAACGUUGCCGUUUAACCUGAGGAAGCUGGGUGAUCAAUUUGGAGUUGAAGGAGCCCUUACACUUGAAGAGCUAUUUUUUCACCAUUUCCAAGUUAAGGGCUCCUACCACUCAUUACUAGCUACAGGGUCGAUCUCAAUUCAAUAUAUCAAUUAUUCAAAUAAAUAAUUCAAUAUUACAUAAGGUGCAUGUUUUUUUUAAGAAAAUAUGGGAGAGAUGUCGAGCUUCCAAUUGGGUGUUAUUGGUGCAUUAUUUCUCUCAGUGGCUUCUUCUGUCUCCAUUGUCAUAUGCAACAAAGCCUUGAUGAGCAAUCUUGGCUUCCCUUUCGCUACUACACUCACUAGUUGGCAUUUGAUGGUCACGUUUUGCACCCUUCAUGUGGCUCAACGCUUAAAUAUGUUUGUGGCUAAAUCCAUUGACAUGAAGACCGUCAUGUUUUUUGGGUUUCUGAAUGGAAUCUCCAUUGGAUUUCUCAACUUGAGUCUUGGCUUCAAUUCAGUUGGAUUCUAUCAGAUGACAAAACUUGCGAUCAUACCAUUCACCGUACUGUUAGAAACUAUUUUUCUAAAGAAGCAGUUCAGCCAGAAAAUAAAAUUCUCCUUACUCUAUUUACUUGUUGGAGUUGGCAUUGCCUCUAUCACAGAUCUUCAGCUCAAUUUUGUGGGAACAGUUCUUUCCCUUCUAGCAAUCAUAACUACAUGUGUUGGCCAAAUUCUGACUAACACUAUACAGAAGAAGCUUAACGUCUCUUCUACGCAGCUGCUCUACCAUUCCGCCCCAUUCCAAGCAGCAAUUCUUUUUGUUUCAGGCCCUCUAGUGGAUCAAAUGCUCACCAAGCAAAGUGUCUUUGCCUACAAAUAUUCUCCUAUAGUCUUGGCAUUUAUUGUCAUGUCCUGCUUGAUUGCUGUUUCGGUGAACUUCAGCACGUUUCUAGUGAUAGGAAAAACAUCACCUGUAACAUAUCAAGUGCUGGGCCACCUCAAGACUUGUCUUGUUCUUGGAUUUGGCUACACAUUACUCCAUGACCCCUUCACUGGAAGGAACAUUCUUGGAAUACUAGUUGCCGUUUUUGGAAUGGGCUUGUACUCUUAUUUCUGCACUCAGGAGAACAAAAAGAAACAGUCAGGUGAUCUUCCAUUGGCCUCCCAGGUUAAAGACAAAGAUAGCUCACCCCUUUUGGCAGGGAAAAACAUGGGUAAUCAAGAAGGGGAAAAUCAUGAGCCUAAGAAAUUAAGCAAGGAAUCUGUUAUUUAAAAAUAACAGGCUCUGUGUCUUUUAUGAUUUUUCAUAUUUCAAUUUUUAGGGAAUUUGUAAUGAGUGUAAAUCAAAUUUUGUUAAUAAGUUUUCUGUAACUUCAAGUCACUGCAUUAUCUUUUCCAGUUAUGUACAUUAAACUACAUGAAAUAUAACAUUCAUCAAAUUGCAAUCAUUUUUCAGUGUCAAGAAAA